CUAAAGCAGGAAAGACAGCGCGGGGUCUUUGCAGAGGAAAAACCGCCAAGUUCUGUGCUGGUUGGGAUAAUACGAAAACAAACGAAUUUGUUGAAUGGAUAAAAAAAAACGCUAAGUAAUUAAAACCUAUUUUCAUUCAAGAUAUCAACAAAAAUGCUUAACAUUUCACCCAGGAUCCUCCAGUAAGCGUGGUGUCAGCCAAGGGGUUUUAAAAUGCCUGGCCUUGUGCAGAAUGAAGGGAAUGGGGCAGCAAGUGGUAGUCCGCUCAAGAAGAACCGACUGUCUCUGAAGUUCUUCCAGAAAAAAGAAACUAAAAGAGCUUUAAAUUUCUCAGAGGCACAGGAGGAGGAGGAGGACAAGCCUUCAGAACCACCUGAAACUGAAAGUUGUGACCAAGUUGUACCGGUCCCCAAUCCAUCAUCUCCACUUACUUGUGAAAAGAAAGAACGACUUGUGCCUUUUGUUGGACUUAAUAACCUUGGGAACACCUGCUAUUUGAACAGCAUUCUGCAGGUGCUGUAUUACUGCCCUGGAUUUAAAGAUGGAAUUAAAAAAUUGUAUAACUUGCUGUCGAAGAAGAAUGAAAAGCAAAAGGAUGAUGGAGCAAAAACCGAGGAAAAGCAGGAGCAAAGUGAAGAGGCUUUACCAGUGAAUAUUGAGCUGCUUAGCAGUUUUCACAGUUUGAUAGUAUCACUGGAACAACUUCAGUCAAGCUAUCUGCUCAACCCUGAGAAGUACACUGAUGGGGAAUUGGCAGCUCCACCACGAAGACUGCUUAACACCCUCCGGCAGCUUAAUCCCAUGUAUGAGGGAUAUCUGCAGCAUGAUGCUCAGGAGGUUCUGCAGUGUAUCCUUGGGUACAUCCAGGAGGCUUGUGAAACUAUUAAGAAGGAGUACUUGUCUCAUGAGGACCCAGCCGAUAAGCCAACAGAGAUGCACCAAAAACACAUGGCAGAAAAGGAAGAGAUUAUAAGCAGCACUGCACCUAAAGUGAGCAUCAGAGAGACUGAGAAUGCAUUAAAAGAUGCAAAGAACCUUGAGCAAGACAGAAUUCUGGAAGGGCAGGCCAAUGGAAAGAGAAAAAGCGAUACAGAAGUUGGGAAUGCUAAAAAGAAGUCAAAAACUCAUAAAACACAAAAACCAGUGGAAGAAAAUAAACACUUCACACGGUCAAAGAGAAAGUCUUCCAGUGACAUCGUGAUAGAAAGCCACAUGGAAGAGGUAAAAGAGGAAGGAAAUGAUUCAGAUGAUAAAAAAGACAAUGUCUCCAAGGGAAUUGCGAAGAAAAAGAAACGCCCCAAACUAAACUGGUUAAAGUCUUCAGGCAAACAGCCCAGCAUCUUCUCUAAGUUCCGCAGUAUGGGAAGGAGAAGUUUGCACUCGGGGGGUAAAGAAGAAGUAAAACCACCAGUGGGAAACGGGCCUUGUUUGGCUCUGGUAGAACAUGAAGAUGUGAAGGACGACACUGCUUCAGAUCAUCCAGUUGACAAUCUCUUGCAUGAAAAACAGAAGACCAAGAGUGAAGGGGAGUGCUGUUUCGACCUGAUGGAGCGGCUGUUCCAGGGGCAGCUGGUCCUGCGAACCCGUUGCCUGGAGUGCGAAUGCUACACGGAGAGGAGGGAAGACUUCCAGGACAUCAGUGUGCCAGUGCAAGAGGACGAGCCCAGCAAAGUUGACAGUAGCACAGAAAUUUCUCCAGAUCCUAAAAUGGAGCUAAAGACACUGAAAUGGGCAAUAUCUCAGUUUGCAUCGGUGGAGAGGAUUGUUGGGGAAGACAAAUAUUUCUGUGAAACCUGCCAUCACUACACUGAAGCUGAACGAAGCCUUUUGUUUGACAAAACUCCUGAAGUUAUAACAAUUCAUUUGAAGUGCUUUGCUGCCAACAGUUCUGAGUUUGACCCUUAUGCUGGACUCUCUAAAGUGAACACCCCAUUGCAGACACCACUUAAGCUGUCCUUGGAUGAAUGGUGCACAAAACCCUCAAAGGAAGACUAUGAGUUAUUCGCUGUUGUGAUGCACAGUGGAGUCACCAUCAGCAGUGGACAUUACACAACCUACAUCAAGAUGAUGGACCUUAAAAAUGUAAAACUUCAGAAUAAGGUACAUAUAGAAGAGGACCUCAAACCAGAACCUCUGAAUGAAGCAGAAGCAAGGGCAUGUGAUAUCCAGGAAUAUGACGAUGGCGAAGUCUCGUUUGGCAAGAGUGGAAAAGGACAUUCCACAGCAACUGGCAAAGUCAGCACUAAGAAGUCUUCAGAGGGUAUUGGGCUCUUAGGAGGCCAGAGGAGCAUAACAAGCUUUGAACUAGGGGGAAACAAGGCAGCUAAUUCUGAAAAACCCAUCUGUGCUACUGGUAACAAUGGAAAAAUGGAUCAUGGCUGUGCCAGUGGAUAUGAAAGUGCUAUAAAGAGUGAGAAAGAAUCUGCUGAUGCAAACAGCACUUGUAAUGAACUUUUGGAUGCUAAGAGCCCAUUGGCUGACUCAGCCUUUUGUAACGUACUAGAUUAUGAGGGAAAGUGGAUGCUGUUUGAUGACUCUGAAGUAAGACUCGUUGACGAAAAGGACUUUUUGAGUGCCUGUUCACCAGAGUCAUGUACAACAUCUACACCAUAUCUCUUGUUCUACAAGAAAGUAAUCUGAACCUUGAAUGGCUGCUGAUUUUAGUUGUGGUUGGAUUGUAUUCAUAUCCACUGUUAAUGCAUGGGUCAAACAAUUUAAUCUAGUUUCUUUUUCAUAAAACAUGCUUAUACACAGUUUACCUUCUUUAAGACAAUUUGUAGACUUCAGGUUCAGGCUAAUAGCCUGUACUCAUUACAGUUUGUGAUGGCUUGUGUAGCACCUUGGCACUUAUAAUGCAUCAUUAGGACUGUUUGUACUACUGUAAUAUGAAAUACGUUGUAGUCUGUACAUUUACUGCUUUAGAUUGAUACAGAAAGUGUAUUAUUGUUUUAAACUAGU